UUCCUCCUCAAAAACAUUUUACUUUAUUAAAUCAAGUCUAAAAAAUUGAUUAAAAAAUUAGUUUCCAUCGUUUAAAAACUUUUUCAUAACUAACAUCGUCCGUUGAAAUUUCAACGAAUGACGGUUGCCGUUGUCAACAUCAUCGUGGUACCUGAACGAACGCCAUUGUGAGCCAUAACGACUGUGCGAGACGCUUUCAGAGUAACAAAAAGGGGAUUAAAAAACGCAAAAAUGGCGCAAGAACCUGAUAUGCCUACAUUCAAGUGUGUGCUCGUCGGUGACGGUGGUACUGGAAAGACAACAUUUGUAAAACGUCACUUGACUGGUGAAUUUGAGAAGAAAUACGUUGCCACCCUUGGUGUUGAAGUACAUCCACUGAUUUUCCACACUAAUCGUGGGCCAAUUAGGUUUAACGUGUGGGAUACAGCUGGCCAGGAGAAAUUUGGCGGUCUUAGGGAUGGUUAUUACAUCCAGGGACAGUGUGCUGUCAUCAUGUUUGAUGUUACGUCCCGUGUGACGUAUAAAAAUGUACCCAACUGGCACAGGGAUCUUGUCAGAGUGUGUGAAAAUAUUCCGAUUGUACUUUGCGGGAACAAAGUUGAUAUCAAGGACAGGAAAGUCAAGGCCAAGAGUAUUGUGUUCCACAGAAAGAAGAAUCUUCAGUACUACGACAUCAGUGCCAAGAGUAAUUACAACUUCGAAAAGCCCUUCCUGUGGCUUGCAAGAAAAUUAAUCGGUGACCCCAAUCUCGAGUUCGUGGCGAUGCCUGCUCUUCUUCCACCAGAAGUUACCAUGGAUCCACAAUGGCAGCAGCAGAUCGAGAAGGAUCUCAAAGAGGCACAAGAAACUGCUCUCCCCGAGGACGACGAAGAUCUCUAGUUUCAUUAAAAACACAAUGUGCGUAUGGCCGUGACAAAAAUUUCACUGUUAAUAAAACAACAAAAUUCAAUAUCAUAAACAAGAAAAACUGUAAUUUCCUAUUGUAAGGCCUAUGCAAGAAUAAGUGCUCUACGUACUCGUUACGUGCUUACCUCUGUGGAUUGCAGAUUCUUUUACAAAGACGAAUAUUCACUCUUUUUACACUACUUAGGUUUUAUUCAAUUUCGUUUAAUCCCUGGUAAUUCCUGUGAGUCAUUAAAAAUCGUUUAUCACCAAUUCAACGUUGUUACUGCCAUCCAAUAUUAAAAAUGUUAGCCUCUCCCCAAGAGUUAUUGAAGAAAGUAUUUGGGCAAGAAUCUGUAUCAUUCAAUCAAUAAAUAAAAAUUGCCAUAAUUUAUGAAACAAUUCUUCUCUGAAGUCAAAUCAACGGAAUCGAAAAAAAAGAACAAUGGCUGCAUAAAUUAUAACUGAUUGGUUGACACGUCAUCCAAAAUUGACACUUAGAACUACCAUAAUAUCAGCAAUUAGGGAUCCAAAAAUUGAAGUAAUUGAAAAAGUUGGGAUGUUUAAAAUUGAUAAAAUUGUCGAAAUAAUUACAUUUAAAAAAAUCACGGAAAAUACGACGAGCGUACGAUGGAACAAAAAAUGCAGUGCAUAGUUCGGUCAAUCCCUAGCGGUUUCAUCGUGGGCUGUUUAAUAUUUUUAUAAAGCGAAAGUGAAUGUAUGAUUCGUUUGGAACUAAAUUAUAUGGGAAAAUUGGAUUUUUUUCUGUUUUUGUACUGUGAGCAAAAUAUUUUCGCUUUUCGUUCACAACCAUGCAACUGAUUAAUUUUUUUUGUCCCCCUUCCCCAUUAAGAAUCACUGUUGAAAGUGCGCGCGUAAUGAUCCUCAGUUUAUUCCCUUGUAAAAGGCAUUAUCCUGUAGGAAAAUGAAUAAAAAUAUGCGGAAUGUGUAAAGUUUAGGAAUAAUUAAUAAAUUACAUUCGAUUGCGUUUGAAGUAAAUGGUAAUUGUAAAAUGCAGGUUGAUUUGUUUUUUUCAUGAUUCGGUCUGUUCAGCAUAGAUGACAAUGCUGUCUGAUAUACAAUAAAUAAAUAACACCCAUGAUAUUUUCA